GCCCACAGUUGUCAGACAAUUGCAGCCUUUCCCUGUCCACGGGGAGGGGCGGGGAGGGGGGCGGUCCACUGCAGGACGCCAGCAGGCCGUGUGGUGUGGGCACACGGUGGCAACAAGGAUUCUCCAGAGUCACGUCGAGAUGACCAGUAAUUGAGGUCUGACGUUAUCCAAGCCGGUCCUGACCGACAGGGACACAAUGCGAGGUACGGACAUAACGUGAAACAUUCUAGAAGCCACCGUCCCAAAAAGUGCACAAAGAAACAGGUGAAAUUAGUGUUGUCACCUGAGCACGCGGCCAACAUGAAGACAGUUGACGAGACCGUUCGUGCUUUUUCUCACUGAGUCUCCGAGACCCGGUGUGCCUGUUCACGGUGACACGUGUCACGGGGGACAAAGUUGUCAGUGAUGGUUUAAGUUCUGCAAACCAAGAGUUGGCAGGAUCUGAGCGCGAGCAUGGCCGGUGAUGCGUUCUCUGCGGGCCGAGCUCUCGGACGAGCCUUCAGAUGCCGCACGCUCCUGGGACCUGGGACGGACUCCUCCGGCUCACCCGGGCCUUCUGCACCUGACGGAUGAUGCUCUGCUCCGAUCUCUGUCUCCCACAGUCGGAGCCGUGCUGCGGAAGGACCCCGCCCCGGGCCUCAUGGAGCAGCGUGGGGAUGAGAAGACCCGGAGCCCUGAGCGAGAGCCCGAGCCGUGGCAAGCCCUCCCGGUCCUGUCCGAGCAGCAGUCCGAAGACGUGGAGCUGGUGCUGGCCUACGCCGCACCCAUCCUCGACAAGCGCCAGACGUCACGCCUCCUCCGGGAGGUGUCGGCCGUCCACCCCCUGCGCGCCCAGCCUCACCUCAAGAGGGUGCGGCCCAGCCGCGAUGCCCGCCGACCGCACGCACUGGAGCUGCUGCUGUGCCUGGCGGGGCCGGCCGCAGGUGCCAGAUCGCUCGCUGAGCUCCUCCCGCAGCCGGCCGUGGACCCCCGGGGCCUGGGGCAGCCCUUCCUGGUGCCGGUGCCAGCCCGGCCGCCCCUGACCAGGGGCCAGUUCGAGGAGGCGCGCGCCCACUGGCCCACGUCCUUCCACGAGGAUAGGCAGGUGACUCGCGCCUUGGCUGGGCGGCUGUUCUCCACGCAGGAGCAGACGGCGAUGCAGGGCCACAUGGAGCGGGCUGUGUGGGCCGCGCGGCAGGCGGCGGCGCGGGGCCUGAGGGCAGUGGGGGCUGUGGUGGUGGACCCGUCCUCCGGCCGCGUGCUGGCCACCGGCCACGACUGCAGCAACACGGCCAGCCCCCUGCUGCACGCCACCAUGGUGUGCAUUGACCUGGUGGCCCAGGGCCAGGGCCGGGGCGCCUAUCACCUCGGCCCCUACCCUGCCUGCUCCUUCGCCCCAGCCCUCGCCCCCCUGGGCGUCCGCGUGGGCUCUGUGCGCAAGCUGGACGAGGACGGGGACGUGUGUGCGGACAGCCUGCCCUACGUGUGCACUGGCUACGACCUCUACAUCACCCGCGAGCCCUGUGCCAUGUGUGCCAUGGCCUUGGUGCACUCCCGCGUGCAGCGUGUCUUCUAUGGGGCGCCCUCACCCGACGGCGCCCUGGGUACCCGCUUCCGCAUCCACGCCCGGCCUGAUCUCAACCACCGCUUCCAGGUGUUCCGUGGGGUCCUGGAGGCCCAGUGCCGCCGGCUGGACCCUGGCUCGUAGGCGGCCGUGCCCGCUGCCUCUGGAGCUUGCCCUGCCGCCAGCGG